AUGUCUGAUACAAACUUGCAGGACAUUUUUGAUAAUUUCGAUUACGUUCCUAACGAUUAUAAUGAUUUGGAGAGUAUAGCCUUUGCUGAAAGUCUUACGUCAGAGAGUGUUGUAGGGAGCAUUGGAAGCGAUAAUAGUGCAUUAAAUUAUGAUAUAGAAAUGCCCUUUCUUUUUAAUAAUGCCAAUUUUGAAAGAGCAAGAUCACGUAUAGAAGAGGACGAAAAUAAUGAUAUAUUUUUAUUAAAAGAUAUCAAUGAUAUUGAUACCGAAGUAGAAGUUAAUACAUCAACAAUUUCAAUAUUUGAUUCAGAGUCGACUACAUUGGGAUCAACUGAUGGAAAUGAAUAUUUUGUUAUGGACACAACAAACGCUAGUGAAUCUUUAUCAGAAUGUCCAAUUUUGGACAUUAAUAAUAGUUCCAUUCAAUGCUGCUCAAGCCAUUCGGAAAGACAGAGGCCACUUUCCCAACUAAUUGGAGCUUGGGAGAUCAAUCCAGAGAUUUUUCAAAAAGCUCAAACAAAAAACGAUUUGUCAACAAUAG